AUGGGGGAUCCGCUCGAUACAGAUGACCCUGUCCUUGAGGCGCAAUUGUCCCGGACGGAGUCAUUGCGUGCAGCAGCUCAUACGUUCAGCCCCGUUCAUGAGGUGCUGUUUGUGACGGUUGUGUGUAUGGCCCAGUUCAUGACCCAGGCAGCUCUGUCGACUUGUCUAUCGCCGCUAGAUAUCAUCGGGGAUAGCUUCGACAUCGGCAAUCCGGGAAUCUUGAGUUGGUUGAUUGCCGGCUAUUCGUUGACAGUCGGCACGUUUAUUCUCUUCUUUGGACGAUGCGGAGACCUAUUUGGCUAUCGUGUCAUGAUGAUUAUAGGCUUCUCCUGGUUCGCCAUCUGGUCGAUGGUGGCAGGCGUGAGCGUCUACUCUAAUUACAUCCUGUUUAUCUUCGCGCGCGCUCUGCAGGGGCUCGGUCCGGCAAUGUUAUUUCCAAACGCUCUCGCAGUCCUGGGAGCCACCUACCCACCAGGAAACAAGAAGCGUCUGAUCUUUGCUCUUUUUGGAGGAAAUGCUCCCAGCGGAGCAGUGGUAGGUGGGGUGUUUGCGGCACUAUUCAGUCAAUUGUCGUGGUGGCCCUGGUCCUUUUGGUGUACGGCCAUUUACUGUCUGAUCCUCGCCGUUCUUGUUUAUCUUGUAGUCCCGCCGACACCAUCUCAUACGCAGGGUAUGCGGUUCUGGACACUCGUCUCCGAGCUCGACGUUGCUGGAGCAGCUCUGGGAAUCACUGGAUUGGUCCUAGUCAAUAUCGCUUGGAACCAAGCUCCAGUGGUGGGCUGGCAAGAAGCUUAUGUUUAUGUUCUACUCAUCAUCGGGUUCAUAUUUCUCGCCGUAUUCAUCUACUAUGAGAGCAAAAUUUCUAAACAUCCGCUAAUUCCCUUUGAAACCCUCAAUGCGGAUGUUUCUUUUAUCCUGGGCUGCGUGUCAUGUGGCUGGGCCAGUUUUGGCAUCUGGAUAUAUUAUGCGUGGAGGUUUUUGGAGAAUAUUCGCGGAAACUCACCGUUACUGACAGCUGCACAGUUUGUCCCUGUGUCACCAUCGGGCCUUCUCGCUUCGUUUGCCACAGCUUAUCUCAUGGUCAAAGUAAGGCCCGGGUGGAUCAUGCUAGUGGCACUCUCCGCAUUUACAUUAGGAAGUGUCUUGAUGACCAUCAACCCAGUGCACGAGACAUAUUGGGCGCUCACAUUCGUCUCCCUGCUUGUCAUGCCAUGGGGCAUGGACAUGUCUUUUCCGGCAGCAACAGUGAUCUUAUCAGAUGCAGUCGGCCGGCGCAAUCAAGGCAUGGCGGCGUCCUUGGUGACCACUGCGGUAAACUACAGCAUCUCAAUUGGACUCGGUAUUGCGGGAACGGUGGAAGUGCAUGUUAAUAAUGGUGGAUUGACUUUCGAAGACAAGCGCAAAGGGUACCAUGGGGCACAAUACAUGGGUAUCGGGAUUGGUGGACUUGCAACAAUGUUCUCGCAAAUAAUGAGAAAUCUUGGCCAUAAUCCGUUCCGGGGCCAGCCGAGUCACGUGAUGUCGAAUGCUGCCCGAAUAGGCCUAGCUUGCCAAGCAUCCAAGCCGAGAGCGACUGCACCCGAAGCGCGGCCACCUCAACCUCCAAGACCGAAAGGAAACUUCGUUCCAGCUGCCACAACACCUCCAAUUCCUCGCAUCCUCGCUGAAUAUUCACAAUGGGUGGUGGAUUCGAUCCCAAGCAUGGAAGUUUCUCGGCCUGAGAAGGGCAUUGCCACAUACACACUCUCUCCCAACCGCCAACGCUUGUUCCCCAACUUCUGGCACACCGCUAUCUUCAACACCUUCCGACGUUUCCGUCAUCAAGUCCUCUAUGUCGCACCUCCCUUCAUUGUGGCAUACUCACUGAUGAACUGGGCCACUGAAGAGAAUGAAUUUCUGAACUCUAAAGCCGGUCGGGAAGGUGGUCAUGAGUAA